AUGGUAAUGAAAUCCAGACACAAGAGUAACUGUGGUGCUAUCACACAAUCUAAACUGAGAACAGAAGGGACCCCAGGGAAUCAUCAGGCUUCAUUUUCAGGAGGAUCCUCAACUUAUUUGGAUGAAGUACCUUUUAAAAUUUCUCAGAAGUUUCAGUUCGUUGCUUCAGAAAAACUGUCUCCACUAUCAAACUUCUAUGUGCCUGAUCACUCUGAGACAGUGAUAAAAACACAGUAUGAUUUCACUCUGGAAAAGAAGAUUCUGGAAUGGCUGCAAGACUGUUCCCUCAGAGAACCUCCAAGGCUUACACCAACAUGUCCACCAUUUUGGCUUGCUUUUUCUGAUCUUGGGGAAGAUGACACAAAUAAUAAUUCCCAGCGCACUAAAGUUCAAAACGACCAUAUGGUUUUACAGACCAAGAGGUUCAGGAGUUUCAGUGUGACAGACAUUAAAUAUGUUCGCGCUACACCUGUACAAUCAGACUCAGAAAGUGAUGAUGGAUACUCAGAGGAUGAUGAACUGUCAUCGUCUGAUGAAAAUGAAAAGCAGAAGCUUCCUUCAGCGCCGCAUUUCAGGAACAAAUUUAAUCUUCAUUCCAGAUUGCUAGAUGGGAGACCAGCCUCGUCCCCUUUCAGUUCGGAUAGCCCUUCCAGAGGCCAGCACUGUGAGAGAUGUCUUAGUGCUAGUUUAACCCGACUCCCUCAUAUCUCUGACCAUAGGCCGUCACCUCUUUGCAACAAUAUUGAUAAUGAGGAAGAUGUUUGGAGGCAUAGGUCAAACUGGUCACAGGGACAUACACCAAGAAAAUUUUGUAGAAAAUCUCUCUGUCAGCACCAAAACAACAGAAAUGGCAAGAAUAUGAACUCAGAGCAAAUUAUGAUUGGAAGUCCACCGUUAUCCUCUAUGCGAUGUCACCUGGAAAGAUCAUUUACGUUCAGGGCAAGAAUUCCACUCAGAAAACACAAAUCACCACUUCUGACCCUCAGUAAGCAUUCCUGCCUUCCGGCGCCUCCGUCAACUCCAAGACCUUUAUAUUCCCACAAAACUCUCCCAGACUCUACUGCUGACCUACUACUGGCACUGAGUCAAAAAGAGCAGGACCUCAUCCAGCCACUGAUGAGACAGGGCUACCCAAUAAGCAGAGUGAUUUGGGCAAUCCAGAACGUGGGACAACAAAGCAGAAAGCAGGUGUGUUUACCUCUCCUUGCUUAA